GCUGUCACCACAUGGGGUCCUCAUUUUCAAAACAAACAAAAUGGCGGUGCACAUGAGACGGGGUCUUCUACGGUUGUUACGGGCAAGCAAUACGGCUCAUUUUAGGUUUCCAGUGAAGACCCAAAGCUCGUACCUCUCUUUGAGCUCGACCCAGAUCUUCGGAAAAGUUCAGCCUCAGCUCUGGACAGGAAGCACACACUUCUCAACAAGACACCUGUCCAUCCAGACUCAAGACACUCCAAACCCCAGAAGUUUGAAGUUUCUCCCUGGAAAACCUGUCCUAGGAAGUGGGACGCUUGACUUUCCGACUCCGAGCACAGCUGAAUGUUCAUCAUUAGCCAGGGAACUGUUUGAAAUUGAAGGAGUAAAAAGUGUGUUCUUUGGCCCUGACUUCAUCACAGUCACUAAAACAGAUGAGGAUGUGGCAUGGACAGACAUUAAGCGUCAUGCUUCGGAGGCCAUUGCUAACUUCUUUGAGAGUGGUGAUCCAAUAACAGUAGGAGCAGUGCACCAUGAAAGCAGUAUUUCUGAAGAUGAUGAUGAAAUCGUAUCCAUGAUAAAGGAGCUUCUUGACACCAGAAUAAGACCUACAGUGCAGGAGGAUGGAGGUGAUGUCAUCUUUAAGGGGUUUGAGGACGGCACGGUCAAGCUGAAGCUGGUUGGUUCCUGCACAGGGUGUCCCAGUUCUACCGUUACCCUGAAGAACGGCAUUCAGAACAUGAUGCAGUUUUAUAUCCCGGAAGUAGAAAAUGUGGAGCAGGUGGAAGAUGAAGUUGAUGAAAUCAAUGCAAAGGUUUUCUCAGAGCUGGAACGCAAAUUACAAGAAUAAAAACGUCUUGGACCGACUCCCUUAUGCAUCUCGUUGUAGGAAGAGUAUAUUCCACUGUGUAAAUACAUAGCAUAAUUCCCAGUAGGGCCAUUCUAUAAUGUGAAUGGAAAGAGAAAAUUAUCCCCCUGCUAUUUUGUGUGUAUGCUAUAUGCUACUAGAGUUCAUGUUCAUAUGUGUACAUACUGUAUGCCCCUGUUAUCAAGAUAGCAAUUACA